AUGCCAGAAAUAAUUUACACCCCCUACGACGCAACCCAAGAACCGAGACAGCUCGAGGCCAUCCGUACGCUGAUAUCUACUGACCUUUCCGAGCCGUACAGCAUCUACGUCUACCGCUACUUUCUCUAUCAAUGGGGAGACCUGUGCUACAUGGUUCCCCUCCCCUCCCUCCCCCCCCCGCAAUAGCUAACGCGGCCGUAGGCAAUGGACGAGGGAACCAUGAUUGGCGUCGUGGUCUGCAAGCUUGAGACCCAUCGCGGCGGGCCAAUGCGCGGGUACAUUGCCAUGCUAGCUGUUAGGGAACGUUACCGGGGUAAAGGGAUCGCGACGAACCUGGUCAAGAUGGCGAUCAAAGCUAUGAUCGAGAGGGAUGCUGAUGAGGUAUCACUUAUGCUCACCGGGGGUGGGCGUUGGCGGCUAAUUGGGCGCGGGGGGAGAGUAGGUAGCGUUGGAGACAGAGAUCACCAAUACCGCUGCCAUGAGGCUUUACGAAGGGUUGGGUUUCCUGCGGAGUAAGCGAUUGCAUAGGUAUUAUUUGAAUGGGAAUUCGGCGUUUAGGUUGCUGCUGCCGUUGAAGAGUCAGCAGCAGCAGGGGCAGCGGUGUCAAGACCAUGGGCAUGAUGAGUGCUGUGAACAUGAACAUGAGGAGCACGAGCACGAGCACGAGAGCGUGCACAGCAGCGACGAGUACGAGAGUGUGCACAGCAGCGACGUGUGA